AUGUCUAACCCGGGCAUUUUUCAUAAUGCUAGAAUUCCAGAAGUGGACUCUUGCUGUGGUUGCGUAAACGAUAUUAAAGCUGCCGCUGCUAUUAUUGCCGUUCUGGGAAUUGUGACAUGCCCCUUAGUAUCGUGGGCGGUCGUUCGUCACGCAUAUGUGAUCCGCGUGUCCUGCGUUGUAACCGCGAGCUCCUCACGCGCAGAUGUGGUGGACAUUAAUCUUAAUAAUAUUUUAAGUUUUGGAUUCGGCGCAAACGCCGGUCUCGGGCCCUCAUGUAUGAUAAGAAACGCAACGGCUUCCGCGGCACCGACAACUCUGCUACGAGAAGGUACCCAGGUGGCAGACAAACAUGCACAAUUUAUUGCCGUCGUACGAUUUUUCGGAUGGGUCGUGCUGGCUACGGAUUCUAUAUUUCUGCUAUGUAGCAUUAAUCUGUUAGUGAAGCUAUUUAGGGGCCAAGGACAGCAGGCGGCGAAAUAUUUUAUUAUGUCUGGUCUGACAGCAGUAAUACUAUCUUUUGUCUAUGGCAUUCUCUAUGUAUCAGCUUGCAUUCAUAUGGGCGGUGCAUUCCCAAUUUUCGAAUUUGUUUUCGCGCUUGUUGAUUUAAUAACAUGGACAACGUGGCUUCACUUCUUAGUAGUUGUACACACAUACUCCAAAAAACUUCAACCAAAACUAGGCGUGGUGGCUAGAAUUCGUAGAUUUGCGCAGACUCAAUACAAAAAUUAUACGCGGAAAAGUAUAGACAGAAAUCGACGUGAUACAGGAAGAAGAAAAAUACCUAAUUCGCCCAAAGUUCAAAGGGUAUGA